AUGAAUAGUCUAAAUCCUUUUUCUUAUUUAAAGGAGGAUGAAAGCAAUGAUCUAAAAAAAAACAAAGGUAAAAAAAAGUAUUAGAAAAAGUAAUACAUCCUCAUGAUAAAAAAAUAAAUUCUUAAUUAAAUAAUUUAUCAAAAUUAAUUUGAUGCUAGCAGCACAAUUAAUUUAUUUAUUGGAAUGCAAGUAAGCAGGGAUGGUGUGUUCAGACAUUUUUAGACUUUAGAUAAUUUAAGUUUUGGAUAUAAUUAACAACAAAUUGAAAAAGUAGUUGAAGAUAAACACUAUGGUUUAGUAAAUAUAGUUUUUGAAAAAAAUUCUUAAGCUCCUAUUAGUGAUUUGAGUGAAGCAAUUAAAUUUCUUUCUUCAAAUCCGAAUAUACCAUUUUAGUAAAUUUUUGAUUUACUUCAAAAACUGUACUAUUUCAAAGAAGUUGUGUAAGCAUAAAUAGAAAAAUUAGAAAUAAACUAAGCUCUUUUAAGCUAAAAAGAAGCAGAAACAUAGAUUUUUUUGUAAAAUUUCCAAUAAAUAUUGUUUAAUUAUCAUUAGACAAAUUAAUUUAAAAUGUAUUGGUAUUCCGUUUUUAGAAUUAACUACUAAAUUUAAAACACUGAAAUCAUUCAUACAGGUUUUUCUAAAGCAUAUCUAGAGUUGUUAGGAAUAGACUCAGAUACCUUAAGUUAAAUAUUUUUAAGAGGGAAAAAAGUUGAUUUAAUAAGAAAUUCUAUUGAUAUAUCAUUAUUAACUCUAUAAGGAUUGUAACUAUUGGGUUAGUCUUUAGAAGGCUAAUGCUCACCUGUGGUUACGUAAAUUGUUACAUUUGAUGGAUUUCCCUUAACAAUUACAUAAUAAAAAACUUACUCUUGUUUGCUUGAAAUCUAAAACGAAUAGUUUAAGUAUAAUGAUUUUGGAUAUAAUAUAGUUGAAGUUGAUGUAAACACUAAAGAUUUGUAAUAACUUAUUGAAUAUAGGUAAAGGAUCUCUGAAAGGUGUGGAGAUAUUAAAAUAGAAGAUUUAAUUAAGAGAGAGCUAUCAUAUUUAUUUGAGGAUGUCGAAUACUCGAUAAAGUCAUAAAAUUUUAUUGAAAAAUUCUACUCUGAUAAUAUAAAUUAACUAAAAUGCAUAGAAGAAGAAAAAAGCUAAAUAUUUAAAAACAGAAGAUGCAGCUAUAGAUAAGUUAAUAAAUGA